AUGUCUGUUAAUUGCGCCGUUUAUGAACCAGGUACUUUUGCAAAGCAGGAUUUUCGUUCAAAACAUGUUCGACAUGAUAGUUAUCAUCGAAUAAAUAAUGAAGAAAUUUAUCAAACAUUUUUUAUAACUCAUACAUGUUAUGAUUGUAUGCCUAAAAGCGGUAAAGUUCUAUUACUUGAUGCACGUUUAUCGAUUCGAAAAGCUUUUUUUGCACUUGUAUUCAAUAAUGUUCGAGCAGCCCUUAUAUGGCAUGCUCCAACAUCGUCAACUAUUGGUCUUCUUACAAUAGGUGAUUUUAUUAAUAUGCUUAUUGCUGCUUAUGAUGCUAAAUGGAAUGGUGUUGAGAGUCUUGAAACUUCAUCAAUACUUGAUUGGAAACAUGAUGCAAUUCAACAAAAUGGAGCUAAUAAUGAAUCGAAUAAUUUCAAAUUAAUUCAACUUGGUCCACAAGAUAAUUUAUAUACAGCUAUUUUAACACUAAUUGAUCGUAAAAUACAUCGUAUACCUGUCAUUGAUCCUAUAACACAUGACUUUUUAUUUUUAAUUACUCAUAAACGUAUAUUAAAAUUUUUGUACUUACAUAUCUAUGAUUUACCUCAACCUCAUUUUAUUCAUCAAACAUUAAAUGAGCUUAAAAUUGGUACUUAUGAUAAGAUAGUAAUGAUUGAUUUACAAACAAAAUUAAUUGAAGUUCUUCGCAUAUUUCAAUCUGUACGUGUAUCAGCAUUGCCAGUUGUUGAUAAUGACAAAAGACUUUAUGAUGUUUAUUCAAAGUUUGAUAUAAUGCAUUUAGCAGCAACACGCACUCAUGCUAAUCUUGAUGUACCAUUAUGUGAUAUACUCGAUUCACUACACGAUCAUAGAACUCAUCAAUUAAUAACAUGUCGAAUUACAGAUCAUUUAUUUAAAUUAAUGGAUAAAUUCGUUACUCGGGAGGUACAUCGUUUGAUUAUAGUUGAUGAUAAUCAACAUAUUAUUGGUAUUCUUUCCAUAUCCGAUCUCAUGAGAUUUCUUGUAACAACAUUUGAUAAGAUGAGUCGUACUAAUUCGAGUACAUCAAGUAGUAUUGCGAAUGGACCUGUCUUUGAAUGUGAAACAAUGGAUUCUUGA